AUGAUGGCUGACCCUAUAAGCCUUGCGUCCGGUGUGUUAGCACUAGUCAUCUUUGCCCACAAAUCAUGCCUCGCGCUUCAUACAGCAGUAAAGAGCUUUAAGACCCAACCUAAGCGUGUGCGCGAUCUUAUCGAAGAGCUAGAGGCGCUUAUCAACGUUCUAGAAUCAUUGAGCGAUACGAUGAGGUUACAUACAGACGUAGAUCUUCCCGCGCUUGAUCUACCUUUACGACGAUGUAGCACCGCUUGCAACGAGUUUUUCCAAGAGCUCGAAAAGUGCUGCUCACGAUCUGGAGGUGAUCGACAAAGCUUCCGCGACUGGGCUAGGCUAAGAUAUAUGGGGGACGACAUCGACGAUUUUAGAAAUUCGCUAGCAGCAUACAAGUCAACCAUCAAUAUCGCGCUCACAGACAUGCAGCUUCGAAAGUCUUCUGUUGCUCUGGAGCGUCUUGGAGAUUACAAAGAUCUUAUCAUGACUGCGACCAAUGACCUCGAGGCGCGACUCGAGACAAUUGAUGAAAAACUCCAAUCCUUAGUAGAGCGCAGUACGUCAAGUUCUGCAACACCAGAGCUUCAAAGCAUGAGAGAAGAGCGCUCCAGCACGCAAAAAUGCCUUCUUAUCUGCACUCGGUUUUCCAAGCUUAUCGAUGAACUCCAGUCCACAACAGCAGCAGAUCUUCCUCAGGGCUCAGACAAAAUGUCAGAGAAGAUUACAAGUGAUGGUAUACAAGAAUGCAAAAUAAGCAUGGAAAAGACUGCUGCGAGGUUAGAGGUGCACAUGCAGGACGUUUUAGAUCGCAUGGUGUUUACCUCAAGCGCAGCAAUGACCCAGGAAGAUACAAAUUACCUUGCAAGGUUGCGCGAAGAAUGGACAAGUGCUCGUAAAUGCAGAGACAUCUGUCUCCAAGCAGACCAGCACUUGAAAGAGAGUGUGAGCAUCAUCGACAACCACGCUACAGGCAACGAAGCCGUACAAUUCUUAGUAUCGAACAGUCAAAAGACAAUACAUGGGAAGAAUCGUGGAUACGGGGAUCAGAUCAAACAACUCGGUGGUCAUCUCAGCGACCAAUCAAUUCAGAAGGUCUCUGGCGAUUUUUUGCAAAUGAGUUUACAAAAAUCAGGAUACCGACAUCUAGAAAACGCAGUGUCUAGAGCUGAGGAUACAAAUGAGAGGGGAACGAACUGGCGGUCGGAAUAUGGUGGAGGUAGGACACUUGAGUCCUAG